AUGUCCUCCGAUUUAGCUGCUGAGUUAGGUUUUGACCCUACAUUAAAGAAGAAAAAGAAGACGAAGAAGGUAGUCCCAGAUGAUUUUGAUGCUGCAGUAAACGGCAAGGAAAACGGUUCAGGUGAUGAUCUAUUCGUCGGAUUAAAAAAGAAAAAAAAGAAGUCCAAGAGUGCUUCUGCCGAAGCUGACCCUGAAAAGGCGCCCACUGAUGACAUAGCAGAAGCCUUGGGUGAACUAUCCUUGAAGAAGAAAAAGAAGAAGACAAAGGACAGUAGCGUGGACGCGUUCGAAAAAGAGCUAGCCAAAGCUGGUCUCGAUAAUGUGGAAGCUGAAAGCAAGGAAGCCACUCCAAGUGCUGGCUCCAGCAUUCAACAAGAAGUUGGUCUGCCUUAUUCAGAGUUAUUAUCUAGAUUUUUCAAUAUUCUAAGAACUAAUAAUCCAGAACUUGCUGGCGAUAGAACUGGUCCAAAGUUCAGAAUUCCUCCACCUGUUUGUUUGCGUGAUGGUAAAAAGACUAUUUUCUCGAAUAUCCAAGAUAUCGCCGAAAAAUUGCAUAGAUCUCCAGAACAUUUAAUUCAAUAUCUAUUUGCAGAAUUAGGUACAUCCGGUUCUGUUGACGGUCAAAAGAGAUUAGUUAUUAAGGGUAAGUUUCAAUCUAAACAAAUGGAAAAUGUUUUAAGAAGAUAUAUUUUGGAAUAUGUCACUUGUAAAACUUGUAAGAGUAUUAACACUGAAUUGAAGAGAGAGCAAUCAAAUAGAUUGUUCUUCAUGGUCUGUAAAAGUUGUGGUUCUACCAGAUCCGUCUCUUCUAUCAAAACCGGUUUCCAAGCUACCGUGGGUAAGAGAAGGAGAAUGUGA